UUUGUCAAGUCAUGAGCAAUUUUAAGGACAUAAAGUCGACCUGUCAACUGAGCUCGGAUAAUAAUUCCGUGAGCAGCAAUGACUGGGAUAUGGCCAAUGAUGUGUUUGUGACCUGCUACGAGGACCCGAUGGGAGAGAAUAUACACGGGGAGAUGGACUCGGUCCAGUCCGGCUUGGAAAUACACCUGCCUCCGCUGCUGCUAGGCGAUCACCGUUUAUCUCAGGACAGCAUGCUAUUGGGCCUAGUGGAGGAAGCUUACUCGGGCUAUCAUCCUCUCCCCGACUCGGAGACAGACUAUUUGGAUAUCACAAACGACCUGAACUACACCGAAAGUGAUGGGAAUGUGACUACAAAGAAACGUAACCGCUCCACCAGUUCCAGGCACCGCGGGGAGGUCGUCACCGAGCUGGGACCAGAGGAAGUGCGAUGGUUCUACAAAGAGGACAAGAGAACAUGGAAGCCAUUUGUUGGACAUGACUCUUUGAAAAUUGAAGUCAUUUACCGCAAAUUAUGUGAACUAAAUCCCUGCAAGGUCAAAUGUCGGAGUCCCACCACCGAACAAGAGGAUGCCAGUGAGUCGGCCACGGGUUCCGAGCUCCAACUGGAAGAUGUGGCACACGGGGGAGCUGUUCAAGCAGAGACGGCGACAGGGGCGGCAGAGGUUGGAGGGGACAGAGAAUGGGAGAAAGAUGAACUCGACCUGGAUUCCAUAAGUGUAAACGUUGAGGCUGUUUGUGUCAGAGGUGGUCUCUACGAAGUGGACGUCAAAGACAAAGAAUGUUACCCCGUCUACUGGAACCAGCAGGACUGUAUUGCCGUGAUGAGGGGUCAGUGGUUCGUUGACGGCACGUGGCUUCCCCUUGAGGAGGACGAGAGUGACCUCAUCGAGCUGGAGCACCUUGCCCGUUUCAGGGGGCACCAGACGAGGGAGACCUACGAGGCCGCCAUUGAAGUGGUGACCACCACAGUGGACAACAAGGAUGCAAUCCACAGUUUGAAACUGAGCCGAAGCCAUGUGGACUGGCACAGUGUGGACGAGGUGUAUCUCUACAGUGAUGCCACCACCUCCAAGAUCGCACGCACUGUCACCCAGAGACUGGGCUUCUCCAAAGCUGGCAGUAGUGGGACGCGUCUCCAUCGGGGCUAUGUGGAGGAGGCAGCGCCCGAGGACACCCCGCCCGAAACAACACACAUCGUCUUUGUGGUGCACGGGAUUGGUCAGAAGAUGGACCAGGGCCGCAUCAUCAGGAACACAAGCAUGAUGAGGGAGGCUGCUAGAAAGAUGGAGGAGAAGCAUUUCUCAGAUCGUUCCACAGGACACGUGGAGUUCCUUCCUGUGGAGUGGAGGUCCAAACUGUGCCUGGAUGGAGACACAGUGGACUCGAUCACUCCAGACAAGGUUCGUGGACUCAGGGACAUGCUCAACAGCAGUGCCAUGGACAUCAUGUACUACACCAGCCCUCUGUACAGAGACGAGAUCACUAAGGGUCUAACUCAGGAGCUGAAUCGUCUCUACAGCCUCUUCUGCAUGCGGAACCCUGAGUUUGGGGAGAGUGGCAAGGUGUCCAUCGUGUCCCACUCCCUGGGUUGUGUCAUAACCUUCGACAUCAUGACAGGCUGGGAUCCGGUACACUUCCGUCAUGAAGAACUAUGGGCCGAACCCGAGGUGAUGCAAGAGCGCUGGCCAAGCUGUCAGGGGCGUCAACUACAAGAGGAGAUGAGACUCACACGACUCAGGUUACGAGAUUUGGAAAAUCAGUUUGCUGGGUUGCAAUCCCCGUCAUCUGAAGGCUCUUCUUCAGCCUUGAAAUUUAAGGUGGAGAACUUUUUCUGCAUGGGUUCUCCCCUUGCCGUGUUCUUGGCGUUACGAGGGAUCCGACCGGGGAACAACGUGACUCAGGAUCACAUCUUACCCAAAUCCAUCUGCCAACGUCUCUUCAACGUCUUUCAUCCUACUGACCCUGUGGCUUACCGAUUGGAGCCACUGAUCUUAAAGAACUACAGUAACAUUUCACCUGUCCAAAUACACUGGUAUAACACAUGUAGUCCGACACCAUACGACCAGAUCCGUCCCACGCUGCUCAACCCUGCACUGAAGGAGAGAGCAUCCAUCUCGGACACGGAGAGCCUCCCCAGCCCCUGUACCUCCCCCCCUCAGACCCGAAGACACUACGGAGAGUCCAUCACAAACCUGGGGAAAGCCAGCAUUAUGGGUGCGGCCAGUCUCGGGAAAGGCAUUGGCGGGAUCUUCUUCUCCCGCUUCUCACGCUCAAGUGGUCAGGUGGGCAACGUGGAGGAGGAGCCUUCCGAUUCAGAGGGCGGGGUCUUGGAGGUGGAUAAUGCCGUAUCAGGAGAGGAGGGUGUGGCUACGGAGUUAGAGAAGUUACCUGUAGUAGAGGAGACAAGGGAAAUAGAGUCCUCCAUAUCUCGGUCCACCUCAGCUAUCCUGGACAACACCACAUUGGAGUUGGAGAGGCGCAUUGACUUUGAGCUGCGAGAAGGCAUGGUGGAGAGCCGCUAUUGGUCGGCGGUGACCUCGCACACAGCCUAUUGGUGUUCACAUGACGUGGCACUGUUUCUUCUCACCUUCAUGUAUAGACAGGGGUAUCCCACUCAGCUCUCUGAGGAUAACCCAGAGUUAUCCUAACCCACAGCCAACACACACAGAGAGAGGAACACACACACACACACACACACACACACACACACACACACACACACACACA